UAUCGACCAGGCUUUCAAUUAAAAGCGUGCCGGACUCAAUUUCGGUUCCUCUUGUUUUAAAAUUAAAUUUUUUGUGUGAUUUUCACCUGUUUCCUACCAAUAAGGUGGCUCAAAGUAAUCCAUUUUAACGACGUUAAGUGGCAAGGCAGCUGAAGAUUUUCUGUGCAGCCUUUCGUCGGUCCGACUGAGAAGCCUUUGGAAAGACACUCCGCAACGAUGCGCAAACGAUCGAUGUCCAUGUUUUCCCCGCGGGGAGACAACCGGCUGUCCAAAAAGUUCGAAGGAAUUCAAUCGGAUCAGGAGAAUCGGUCCGAUUCGGAGGAUGAAGAUGAGCAGGAGAACAACGUUAUGCUCAGUCCCACCAAGAGUGUGCUCGAUGAACCGGAAGAUACAAACCUGGCCGACUGGGGUAAGUCAGACUACGAUCAGUUGCUGGAUAAGCUGAAGGCAGCACUGCCGAAGAAGGAACAGCACAGCUACAAAUCGACGCUGCAAGGCAUUGACUGGUCCAAGGUGUCGAUUGCCGGCCGCAGCACCAAGGAAAUCCAGAAUACGACAAACGCGCUCGUUGCGAAAGUUCGCAAAUACAGGACCCUGGCAGAAAUACUCGGUGAUAUUCCGGAGCUGGUCACAAAGUUGUUGACCGUUAAUAAACCUAAGCCACCCCUGUCCGCAUAUAAUAUGUUUAUGAAAGAUUUUAAAGAACAGAACGAACACAUUAAGGGCACCGACGUAUUCAGGCAGGGUGCCAUUGAGUUCAAGGCUUUGAGCGAAAAGAAACGAAAGCGAUACGACGAAGCUGCCGAACGGGCUAAAGUUAAAUACAAAAAGUCUCUCGAGCAGUACUACAUCGAUAACCCAGAGUUGGCCCCAAAACCAAAAGACAAAACCAGUCGGAAGGGUAAAUCGUCGAGCAAAGAACUUGUCAAAACACCAUUCAAUUUGUUCUACCAAAGUCGCCGAGAAACGUCCGACAACAUCACCAUCCAGCAAGCCCGCAAAGAAUGGGAAGAACUGGCUUUCAAGAAGAAAUUAAAGUAUAUCCAACAGUCGUUCGAAGCGGAAUCAUCCGACGAUGCCAGCCGUAAGAAGCUGCUCAACAAGAAGGAACAGCAAAUGCUCGAGACGUUCCACGGAAAGCCGGAAUUCAUGGGGCGAUCGGCGUUCGAAUAUUUCAAACGCAAGAUGCGUCCCACAGUCGAAAACAUGACUCCCCAGGGUCGGGAACGUCGUUUGAUCGACAUGUACAAAGAGCUGAGCGAAAAGGCUGUACUGGAUUUGAAGCGAGAAUAUUUGGAUGCUCGUGAAAAAUAUGUCAAAAAGUACCAGGCCUACAUCGAAAAGCUACCGGAGGACAAACGGCAAGCCGAAAUUGACGUGCUGAUGUCAUUGACACAGAAGAACAAGAAAAAGCGGAAACCUGACGAUCCCACAGUUGCCGAUCCUCAAGACGAGGAAACUGGUUAUCCAGAAUCCGCGGAAGACGAUCCACCAACGGCAGAAUCGACAACUAUCGCUAAAAAGUCGAAGAAGAAAUCCGAACCAAUCGAUGAGUCUGAUACCGUAACCAAAAAAGCCAAGAAGAAACAGAUCCCUGAACCGGAGGAAACCAUAGUCCCUAAAAAAUCCAAGAAAAAGCAUGCUACACCGCCCCCAGAAUCGGACGAGGAUGAUGAAGAUGAAGAAGAUCGGGCACCAUCCCCUACUAAAAAAUCGAAACUUAUGGGUCCUCCGCUAUCCCCGGUUAAGGCAAACAAAAAAUCCAACCAGGACCAGAACAAUACCGGAACGGAUUCCGAUGCAAGCACAUCUUCAGACAAGCAGACAGGAAAGGGUUCCAAGAAAAAACGGCAGCCGGAACCGUUCGUUGAUCCGGAACCGGUGCGAAGCGCCAAGAAUGGCAAGAACGUGGCCAAGGAGCACCCGACUGUGGUCAAGGAGGAACACAAGGGUACCGUUAAGGAGGAACCGAAAUCGAAGGGACCACCGGAGAAGCCGCCGAACGACCCGGAAGAGUUCUACCGGCAACGAAUCUACAAGGGCAAGGUAGGCCGGCACAAGGAGUCCUACUCCAACCUGUCGACCGCCAAGAAGCAUGAAAUCGCCGAACAGAUGAAGGCAGCCCAGAAGAAGUACCUGGUCGAGUUCGAGAGCUUCCUGAAGGCCCUUCCCCGGGAUCAGAUCCGCAAGUACAUCCAAAACGCCAACAACCAACAGAAGUCCCGGCCCCAGGAAGCCGCGUCCAGCAGCGAGGAGGAAGAAAGCGAAAGCGGUUCAGGCGAGGAAGAAUCGGACGAUGAAAGUGACGAGUAGAAUAUACCUGCGGUAAACAUGUUUACAAAGUAUCUUUGUAUGAGUUUUUGUUAUAAGAACAAACCAUAUUUUUAACCAAUUUUAUUGAGUUCCGAUUUCCAAUAAAUUUCAUUGA